CAAGCACGAACAAAUCGACGAGGACCAUAUCAAACGAAAGCAAACAAAACAAAACGUUGGCGAUUGUAUUGUGUCUGUUUUGUUUGGAUAUACUUUUUCAUUUAUAAAGUAAUCUCUUCAAAAAAAAUUAAGUUAUUUUAGUGGAGAUAACAUGGAAGGCCCUGGCAUGAGUUUGUUUCAAGGUGCUCCAAGCAUCCAUAUAAACAACAGUGCUCAAGACAGACUCGAAGAACAAGAAGAAUUAGAAGACCAGAAACGACGAAAUGCAGAGUUAAAAGAUAAACUUGCUAAUGCAUUUGAUGAUCUUAUGGAUGAUGAUGAGGCUAGUUCAGUGAAUAGCAGUGGAAACUUCACCUUAGAUGGGGGACAAACUAAUGGAGCAACACCACACACAAGGUCGGGUCAGCCACCUACUUAUGUAGAGUCUCUGAAUCAUCUGAAGGAGCAACAUGCCUUAGAAUCCCCCAAGCCUUACUGUGAAACUCCUAAGAACCACAUUUCCCAUAUGAGACAAGCAGAGGAACAUCUAAAACAUCAGUUUAGCCCCUUUGGUGCUGGCGAUUACUUUCAGCAAGAUUUCAGAGGUCAUCUUAAUGGCAUCAAUAAUUUUGAUGCCAGGCAAGAAUAUAUGGACAAUGAGAAACUGAAAGUAAUGUAUGAGAUGCGGGUAAAGGAAUGUCAACAACUAGCCGCUCAGAUGGAGAAGCAAGAUAGUGAAGUGGAUGCACUGCGGGCGCGCCUCGCAGCCUCUGUCACUGACCGUGAGAAAGCAGAACUGUCCGUGCAAGAAGCUCAUCACUUGCUUGCUUCUAGCAAGCACAAGAUAAUUGAGCUGGAGCAGCAAGUUACAGCUCUCACGGAGAAACUUAUGGAGAGUGAUCAGGAGAAGGAACAUUUGAGAAUGGAGCUACGGUCAGCUAACAUCAGUCAUCAGGAUGUACAGCAAAGACUGCAUACAUUUCAGGUAGCUCACACACAUGAUACUGACGCACUGUUCAGGGAACAGAAAGAAAGGCAUAGACUUGAAAUGGACCGAUUGCAAAAUGAUUUAUUGAAAGCAAAAAAUAGAUUGGAAGAUAAAGAAAAGGAAAUAAAAACGCUAGAACGUCGUUGCAUGGACCGAGACAGAGAGAAAGAAGAGUUACUCAUAGAGAAGGGUGCCACAAUAAACCGUUUAGCUGCCGAAUUGGAGGCCGCUCAAACAAGGCUUGUUAGUGGGGAGUCCGCGCGGUUGAAGGAGAAAGUGUCCCAACUGACAACUGAGAGGAACGCCGCUAGGGAACAGGUUAAGGAGCUGGGGUCAAAAUUGGAAGUGACUGCGCAUGAGUUAGUACUGUGUCGCAAUAAACUGUCAACCAGUCAGAAGGAGUACGACAAUUGGCGAUCGACUCUCAAUCAAAUUUUGACCGAAUCUUUACCAGAUAACACAUAUUUAGGUGAACCACCUUCGCCCGGUAAAUUGACGACGUUAAAAGAAAUCCUCAGUAGAUAUAAACUUCAACUACAAAAACUGCCGACAUUACAAGAAGAGAUUGUCAAAAGGGACAAAAAAUUAGAACAGCAUCGCAAACAAGAAUCAGAACUUCGGUCAAAAAUAGAGGAGCACAAAGGUAUAGAGAUGCAACUGAACUCUCGAAUAGCGGUGCUUCAGAAUAAGUUGGAAUUGUUAGGGAGCAACUCUGAUAGCGAUUUACUCGAAAGUUACAAAGCACAGAAUGAACGGCUGCAAGCGGAGAUUGAGGAAGCAAGAGCGGAACUUAAAAAGCUGGAUCUCAAGUACACAGAGCUAGAAUUGGAAUACGACAAGUUGAAGUCGGAGAAAGGCAGUCGCGCGUCUAUCGUACAAGAAGCCAACGCGGACCUACUUAGAGAAUUGGAGCGGUACAGCGCGCAACUCAAAGAUACGCUCAAAGAGAACGGAGAACUUAAGAAUUUAUAUCUGCAAGCGUGUAGUACUCGUGACGCAGCGUCAAGAGAACUCAAAGAUAUACAAAGCAAGAUUCAAAAAGAGCGGGAUUUAUACAAAUCUCAAGAGAAGGAUUAUGUGGCGCGGAUAGAAAAAGAAAAACAACAAGUUGAGAAGGUGACGUCGGAGUUGACGAGCGCUAAGGAGGAGUUAGAAAAGGCCAAUAAGAGAAUAUCGGAGUUGCAUAAAGAGUUUACCGAUAAACAGAAAGAGUUUACGGACAGACUGAACAAAUAUCUUGAUGAUGAGAAAAGCGCAAUGAGGAAAGAAAUGGAGUCAUGUGCACAGUGCGAGAAAAACUUGAAGCAGAUACGACACCUAGAGGACCAACUUAGCAAAUGUAACAUCAAAUUAGCGUCACAAGAAAGCAACGAGGAACUGAUGCGGGAAUUGAGAGGCAAAGCAGAGUUCUUUCAGCAGUAUAUAAUGGAGCGGUUCAGGAAACUCGGAGAUCAGAGAUCGGUGGGCACCAACACGGACGGCGACCGCGAGCCCUGCGCCCGCCGCGAGCCCGGCGCCGAUGGGGAGCAGGACCCUGAUGAUGGACUGGCUGCUAAGACCGCACUAAUGAUGAAAGAAAAGGCGAUAAGAGACCAGAUAGCCGAAAAGUUCACUCUAGAGAUGAAAACAAUGGAAAUGAACUGCGCGAGACGCAUAAAGGAACUUGAAAACGAGCAUCUAGGCUCAAUAACGAAAUUGAAAGAAUUGCUGGAAAGGAAAGCGCAGGAAGUGGAGACUUUGAAGGAAUUCAUACUCGGGGAAAGAGCAAAGGUGACACAUAUACUAGAAGCUAAAGAGAACGAGAUAUCUGUACUUAUAAAGGAACACAAUGAAUUGCAAUCUGAAUGUCAAAAAGCGAAGGACAGUUUAGGGGAAUGGAGGGUCAAAGCGGAGAAAUACAAAGAUAAAAUAACGAAAGUUUGUACGUUAGAAGAAACUUUGAAGAAGGAAAGAGAGUCUAUGAAGAACAAAGUGGCUGAGUUGCAUUCGAAACAUACGCAAUUGGAACAAAAGUUUGAACGCCUGCAGGCAGAACAUGCGACGCUGCAGGAUAAAUAUAAGAAUGCAAAGAUAACUAUCUUUACAUAUAAGGAGUAUAUAGUGAAGAAGGACGACCACGUGAACAAUGAAAUGAACCGAAUACAGGAUGAGUACAGGAAGAUAUUCAUGAAGCUGCAGACACAGAUCAAUUACCACAUGAACUGCCGGGUACAAGAGGAGCGAAGCAAGGAGAAAAGACAGGCGCAACAGUUUGAUUACUCAGAGAAGAUGGAAAAAUUAAGCGAGGACUUCGCCCGGCUCGCGCAGUCUCGCUUCAAAGAAAAUGGCGACUUCAACAAGCAGUGACGUCACGCAUAGCGCACGCGCACCCCAUCACCGUCCCACGGCCUAGUGCUGGGAUAAAGGUUUCUAUUUACCUGCCUUAUUAGAAUCAGAGGGAUUUCGCACGGAAUCGUGCACGUAAACGCAAAUUUGUUUGAAAUGGCAUAGUGCCAUCGCGUUUUCACUAAAUGGCGCUGGUUAAAUUUUAUAGAAAUUUUUGUUGACCCUAGAGGUUUCCUGUACUUUGUACGAUGUUUUAAAACAAGUCUUAGUGAAUCUUUAUAUAAUAUUUUGGGUUCGACGGGAUGUAAGUCCUUAAGCGAUAGUGCCUUUUGCAUAGGAUAUAGCGUUAUGUGUCUAAUGACAGCCUAAAACUAAUACUUGGUUUUAUUUUAUGUUUGUCGUGGCUCUCGUUGCCGCCUUGAAAGUAUGUGGAUUUACUUAGAUUCAGUGAUGUUUCAACUUUUCAUGUCGAUUUCUUUGCUAAAACCUGUUAAAACGGUUUAUAGCUCUAUACAAAGGUUAAAACAUAGUUGUUAAUUAUACAUCAAUUCAAUAACAAUAAAUUGGAUAAUAAUAUUUGUUUUUUAAAGGUGGGUGAAUUUAGUAUUUUAUUAUGUAAAUAUAUUGCCGUAAUUGGCGAAUUUGUACAAGUUAAUAAUUAGUAUUUUAAUUAGAAGAAUUGCAUUUGUUAGGAGUAAGCAAGGAUACAAUUCGAAUAUCUACAAUUUAAACAAAGACUGCAAAUAAUUAACAAAGUCGCAAAUGUCCCAGUUUUAGCCUUAUUAUAUUGUAUAUCAUACAGUUAUGUAUAUGUAUGUUGACUGAACAAUCGAAUUGAUAAAAUCAUUCCAUGAUAUAAAACUAUUUUACCUGUGAUAGUCUGGUAUUGAUUUAAGUAUACAAUAAUGACCAGUAUUAUAAAAAAGUUCAAAAUAAACCUCAACAUUCCUUUUGAUUCCAUUCAUUGUCUUGAUGUGUUGGGUAUUUUCGAAUUUAUCGUUUGUAUCUGCUCAAACUACCUAGUAUUAUUAUUAUGAGUAAUGUUGAUUUUCGUUUAAUGUUAAAUAUUAUAUAUUUAAAUUAAUUAUAAUUAAAUCGAUUGGUGUCUACCCGAUCGUUAAAUAUAAUUAUGAAGUUAUAAAUAAAAUUGAAUUAUAAUUACUAUAUAAGAUCCGUCCUAUUCCCAAGAAGGUAAAAAUAUCUAAGUACUUAUAACAAGACUCAUUCUGUUUCUUUUCUUUUUUAUGUAAAUAUUCUCUAAUCACUUUUAUCUAUAGCUUCAUAACUAAAACGGAGCCAUUUUAGGUUUCUUUCCUGUUCUUAAAGCAAUUAAAAAUAAAACUAUUAUUUUAGA